GGGUCGCCGCCAGCAUGGGACGCCGGGCGCGACGCAAGGCGAUGGCCUCGUCGAGCGAGAGCGACCGCGACGAUGCCAUGGAGAAGGGCCAUGGAAGCGAGAAGCACGCAGGAGCCAUGGAAGACCACGCUGAGCGGAUGCACGACCACGACUACCGGCGCGAGCUGCACGCGGCCGCGGUCGCCGUGCACGAGGACGCGGUUGCGCAGAGCCGCCAUGCGCGCCACGCGGAGCGUCGAAAGGUUCGCCAUGAGAAGGCCAUGGAGCGCGAGCUGGCCCAUCUCGACGAAGAAAAGGAGAGCUACGAAGCCAAGAUGCUCAAGAUCUACAUACAGCACUCGGCGCGCCGCGGGAAGCUCGAUGCCAAGCGCGAGCACAAGGAAGCCAAGUACCGCGACAAGAUGACAAAACUAGGCGAGCGCAUGGCCGAGCUCGGUGUCGAGAUGGACAAGCACGGCUCGGGCGACGGCGCGUCGUCGGCUGCGAUGAUGAAGAUUGGCGAAGAGAUGGCGCGUCUCGGGGCCAAGAUGGAGCGGGCACGCGGUGCGCCGUCAUCCAGCUGGAAGAAAGAAAAGAAGGACCGGGCGUACCAGCAGAGCCAAGGCAGCCUCGAGAUGUCUGGCGACACGAUCAACGUCAAGACGUCCAAGGAACCGAGCGCAUCCUUCUCGUCAUCCUCGUCCUCAUCUUCAGACGGCGACGACCUCAAGAAGCCCGCGCCUCGCAAGCCGACUAAAAAGUCGGUCAAGGGUCUCCACGUCAAGUGGGAACAAGACGGCAAGUCGAUCGACGUCCGCGUCCAUGGCAGUGGCGACGACGACGACGACGAUGAGGACCGUCAUGGCGUCCGGCGGGACGACAAGGUAUGGCAAGCCGUCAUGGCCAACAACGUCGAGGGUCUUCGCGCGCUCUUCCGGAAGCGCCGGGCGCACAUUCUCUUCUCGCUCGAGUACCGCGACGAGCAGAAGCGGACGCCGCUCAUGAUGGCGUGCACGUAUGGUUUCGCCGACUGCAUGCGGCUUCUCGUGGAGCACGGAGCCAACUUGCAUGCGGUGGACAAGAAGGGCAACACGCCACUGCACUACGCGUGCAUCAACGGGCAGUUUGCGAUCGUCGCGUACCUUGUCCAGCACACACUGGUCUCGCCGUUUGACGCCAACAAGAGCGACGCGACGCCGCUCGCGCUGACGCGCCACGUGCUCGAGAGCAAGCCCGCGAAUUGGCUCGACCUCGCCAAGUGCAUCGAGCUCCUCGAGCAGCGUAUCAAGGUCUUUGAAGGCUGGCUCUACGAGAGCACGCCAAACUUUGUCGCCGACGUCCUCAACAUUGCGUCGAUGCAGAGCUGGAAGGCGCGGUAUGCACUCGUCUUGCGCAAUGGCUCGCGGGACGAGCUCGAAUUGCAUCUGUUUGAUGUGCGCCAGGGCCUGCGCCCGCCGAUUCCGACGUCGAUCCGGCACGUGCCCAUUACGAACGGCAUCCAGUUCAACAAGUCGGAGCGCUGGUGGAACAAGAAGCCCCACACGUUCCUCGUCAACGGACUCUACGAGUUUGCGGCCUUGGACACACCCGGUUUUGACGCGUGGUUUCGUUUCUUCGAGACGGACGCGACAUCCAUGGUCGAAGAUCGCACCGUCAUUACCGAAGAGCCGUCCCACAAGAUUUUGGUCGAGGACGACGACGACGAUAUGUCGUCGCCGGACCACUCACCGACGCACCACCCCGCACCGUCAGCCCCCGACGCCAUGGACGUGCCCCCUCUCGACGAGAUCGGUGCAUGGGGCGCAUCGCCACCGUCCAAAACGAACAAGAUGGCCAAGCAAGCUUCGUCCAAGCCACCGGCACCACCGGUACCACCUGCACCACCGGUACCCCCACUACCGCCACGAACGACGCCGUACUCGCCAAUGCCGCCAACCCCCAAGAAAGACAAACAAGUCGUUGACCUCACCGCGGCAAGUGGCGACGCGGCCCCGGCAGCAUCGGCCCCCGACUUUGAUGACGACGAGGCGACGCUCCGCCGCAAGUCGUCGCUUCUUGACGACGGCGCAAUGAGCGAUGGCGCCAAGCGCCGAAAGGGCAAGGACGAGUGUGUCGUGUGCUACGACCGGCCGAAAGCCACCGUGUGCGUACCGUGUGGGCACGUCGCGGUCUGUGUCCAGUGCGCCGAGACGCUGCGGCGGUCGACGGGGCGGUGCCCCAUUUGCCGGGGCGAAGUGCGCGAAGUUGUCAAGCUCUUUCAUGUAUAAACACACACUACUCGACUAGAUUCGUACACAAUGGUCCGUGUGUGAUGUGAUACUAACCUGUUUAUUGUCAAC